AUACUCAAGUAUCGAACAAUAAUCAAUCGUUUAACUCUUUAUUAAAUGCUCUGGAAAUUAAUAUUGGUCAAUCAUGUCCAGAAAUUAACCAGGAAGAGUGCAAAGCACUCUUCCUUCGUACAAGGAACAAUACAACUGAGUUGUAUGAGGAGUUAAUCUCUCAAGUGUGUAAAAUUUCAAAAACCGAUUAUUGCAUGCCAGCAUUGUUUAAGGAUGUAGGUUCCUGUGGAUUAUCUACGUUUAUUAGUGAUGAUAUAUGGAAAGAAACACUACAGCUACACUUAAAAUGCACUGAUCUGAUGGCACUAAAAAAAGACUUAUUAAUGCUCAACAAGCUCGGCAUCUUUGUACUUAAGGCAGUCGAGGCUGUGGUUAUUGCUACGGCAAAUGAAGAAGAUACACGAAUCGCGAUUCAAGAUUGUGAUGAGUAUACAAUCGACUUGAAAAUUCCAACAAAACUUGGCAUAGUGAAAUCACUACCA